AUAUCGUUGCACGAGAAGUUGUUGUUGUAAAAGCAGCACUGUGUUUCCAAGCAAGCAUAGCGAUGUUGUAUUCUCAGUAAAAAUAUGUUUGUGUUGUCAGAGAUGAAGGACACGGUACGUGUACCGCCGUGGGCAUUCCAUAAGAAGCUGAACGAUGCUGUGAAGAAGACUCUGAAUGACAAACUGGCAAACAAAGUUGUCCACAACGUCGGUCUAUGUAUUGCAUUAUGGGACAUAACUAAGCUAGAAGACAGUUACAUCUUCCCCGGAGAUGGCGCAUCCCAUACGGUUGUCUUCUUCAGAUAUGUCGUUUUCAGACCUUUUAUGGACGAGAUUUUGGUAGGAAAGAUAAAAAGCUGCAGCAAGGAGGGUGUGCACAUAUCGCUUGGGUUCUUCGAUGACAUUUUACUACCCUCCGAUUCCCUCCAGCAUCCGUCAAGAUUUGAUGAAGCUGAACAGCUCUGGGUGUGGGAAUACGAAACUGAGGAUGGGAAGCACGAUCUCUUCAUGGAUCCAGGAGAAGAAAUACGCUUUCGGGUUGUCGAGGAGAUAUUCGUGGACACAACGCCGAAUGCUCCCGAAAGUGUAUCAGAACAGCCAGACUUAAGUGAAGAUACAAAAAAGUCUCCGUACACUAUUAUAGGUUCAAUUAGUGAACCUGGACUGGGUCUUCUUUCAUGGUGGAACUCGUGAUAUUAUACGCUCAUUAGACACACAGGAAACACAUAACGGUCAACCAUGGAACACACACAGUCCAUUAUAAUCAUUGGUCACAUAAUCAUGACAAAAUAUUCAUUAUAUUACAAGAAGGCCAUGGUUGAAGCUAAUAAUGUGACAGUUGAUUGCAGAUGUCUGUGUAUGACACUUGUAUUUUUGUUUUCAUUUGUGAAAUUAAUAACUACACGUCUUAUAUGUGAAUUAAAAUUGAAUGCUCAUAAGCAAGGUACAUUUCACGUUUAGAUUAAAUAACAUUUAUCAGUGUUUGAUUAAAGUUUUGAAAGU